AUGGAUCACACUGUACUGAAUACAGAAUUUGCUAAAGUUGCAACAGCAAAGGUCACAUCAGCUGAAGUUCAAAUGAUGAAUGUGUCAGAAGACCGUCUCGUGGAUGAGCUGAUGAAGCAGAAGGUUGGUGUUGUCAGAAAACUCUGCAAGGCCUGUAAUAUUGACUCGAAAGGUUCUCGUAUGGAUCUCAUUUCAAGAUUACGAGCAGAGAUGCAGAACAGACAGUCCUAUGACAAAAUGUUCCAGAAAAUCUGGGGAGCAUCAGGUGGUUGGUCAGUCAUCAUAUGCCCACAUGGUGUGGUGUAUAGCAUAAAGUUUAAUUUGAGAGCCGAGAGUCCCAGGGAUUUUGCGGACCUGCUGUUGUCGUGGAAGCACAUUCCUAAUGUUAGUGUAUAUGAUUUUGCACGAGGCUUGGCCACGCAUGGCAAUUUACGUGUACCUACAGCUAUCCCAUUUCAUCCACACGAAGGGAGACUAGCUGAGCCAACACCAGAAAACAUCAGUUCAGCAAAGCAGGGCAAACUGAAGGUGUCUCUUCCUUGGUUGUUUGAGAAAACAGACAAUUUGAAUUCCAAAGGCAAUCCCAUAACUGGAUCAUCUGAGCACUAUGUGUUGUAUGACAAACUUCAUGAAUCAAACACGAGAGACCCCCAGGAUGUACUCAGAAGAAUUAGCCUGGUCCCAGAGCUACGCCACGGAAAGGUUUUUGCACACUUCACUGAGGAGUCUAAAGCCGUACUAAGGGGUGAUUGGCAGCCUGUUUUGAGACUAAGGAAAAGGAAGCUAGAGGACACCUUUCAGAAUCGAUUGAUGGGAGAUUUAAAGGAAGCCAGCAAGUGGUGUUUGGAACAGUCAAGUGUGCUGCUUGAUUCUGUUCAGCUGCCCAAAGUACUCUGUAUGGAGGAUGAAUAUGUUGAUGAGGCCUUGGACAAAUUACAGAAGGCUGAAUUUUCAGAGGACAGAAUUGUUGCUCUUGAACCUUUCAGCUUUUUCUUUACUGAGAUGAAGGACAUGAACUUGUUCCUUGAACAUGCUUAA